CUCUUCGGCUCCGACAUGGAAGAUGGACCUUCUAAUAACGCGAGCUGCUUCCGAAGGCUGACCGAGUGUUUCCUGAGCCCUAGUUUGACAGAUGAAAAAGUGAAGGCAUAUCUUUCUCUUCACCCCCAGGUAUUAGAUGAGUUUGUGUCUGAAAGUGUCAGUGCAGAGACUGUAGAAAAAUGGCUGAAGAGGAAAAACAACAAAAUAGAAGAUGAAUCAGCUCCUAAAGAAGUCAGCAGGUACCAAGAUACAAAUAUGCAGGGAGUCGUGUAUGAGCUGAACAGCUAUAUUGAGCAGCGGUUGGACACGGGAGGAGAUAACCAGUUGCUCCUCUAUGAAUUGAGUAGCAUAAUCAAAAUAGCCACAAAAGCUGAUGGAUUUGCACUGUAUUUCCUUGGAGAGUGCAAUAAUAGUCUGUGUGUGUUCACACCACCUGGGAUAAAGGAAGGAAAACCCCGACUCAUCCCUGCCGGGCCCAUUACCCAGGGCACCACCAUCUCCGCUUAUGUGGCCAAGUCCAGGAAAACCCUGCUUGUAGAGGACAUCCUUGGGGAUGAACGAUUCCCAAGAGGUACUGGACUGGAAUCAGGGACUCGCAUCCAGUCUGUUCUCUGCUUGCCAAUUGUCACUGCGAUUGGCGAUUUGAUUGGUAUUCUUGAGCUCUAUCGGCACUGGGGCAAGGAAGCCUUCUGCCUCAGUCAUCAGGAGGUUGCAACAGCAAAUCUUGCCUGGGCUUCAGUAGCAAUACAUCAGGUGCAGGUGUGCAGAGGUCUUGCAAAACAGACUGAAUUGAAUGACUUUCUCCUCGAUGUAUCAAAAACAUAUUUUGAUAAUAUAGUCGCAAUAGAUUCUCUACUUGAACACAUCAUGAUAUAUGCAAAAAACCUGGUGAAUGCCGAUCGUUGUGCACUCUUCCAGGUAGACCAUAAGAACAAGGAAUUGUAUUCAGAUCUUUUUGAUAUUGGAGAGGAAAAGGAAGGAAAGCCUGUCUUCAAGAAGACCAAAGAGAUAAGAUUUUCAAUCGAGAAAGGAAUCGCUGGUCAAGUAGCAAGAACAGGGGAAGUCCUGAACAUUCCAGAUGCCUAUGCUGAUCCACGCUUCAACAGGGAGGUGGACUUGUACACAGGCUACACUACCCGCAACAUCCUGUGCAUGCCCAUCGUGAGCCGGGGGAGUGUGAUAGGCGUGGUGCAGAUGGUGAACAAAAUCAGCGGCAGUGCCUUCUCCAAGACCGACGAGAACAACUUCAAAAUGUUCGCUGUCUUCUGUGCUUUGGCCUUACACUGUGCUAAUAUGUAUCAUCGAAUCCGGCACUCAGAGUGCAUCUACCGGGUAACCAUGGAAAAGCUGUCCUACCACAGCAUUUGCACUGCUGAGGAGUGGCAAGGCCUCAUGCGCUUCAACCUCCCUUUGCGGCUCUGCAAAGAAAUUGAGCUGUUCCACUUUGACAUUGGUCCUUUUGAAAGCAUGUGGCCUGGGAUCUUUGUCUACAUGGUUCAUCGGUCCUGUGGGACGUCCUGCUUUGAGCUUGAAAAGUUGUGUCGUUUCAUUAUGUCUGUGAAGAAGAACUACCGACGGGUUCCUUACCACAACUGGAAGCAUGCGGUCACGGUGGCACACUGCAUGUAUGCCAUAUUGCAGAACAAUUAUGGGCUCUUCACAGACCUCGAGCGUAAAGGACUGCUGAUCGCCUGUCUGUGUCAUGACCUGGACCACAGGGGCUUCAGUAACAGCUACCUGCAGAAGUUCGACCACCCGCUGGCAGCUCUCUACUCCACCUCUACCAUGGAGCAGCACCACUUCUCCCAGACAGUUUCCAUCCUGCAGUUGGAAGGGCACAAUAUCUUCUCCACCCUGAGCUCCAGUGAGUACGAGCAGGUGCUGGAGAUCAUCCGCAAAGCCAUCAUCGCCACUGACCUUGCCCUUUACUUUGGGAACAGGAAACAGUUGGAAGAGAUGUACCAGACUGGAUCUCUAAAUCUCCAUAAUCAGUCGCAUAGAGACCGUGUUAUUGGUUUGAUGAUGACUGCCUGUGAUCUUUGCUCUGUGACAAAACUGUGGCCAGUUACAAAAUUGACAGCAAAUGAUAUAUAUGCAGAAUUCUGGGCUGAGGGCGAUGAAAUGAAGAAAUUGGGAAUACAGCCAAUCCCUAUGAUGGACAGAGACAAGAAGGAUGAAGUCCCACAGGGGCAGCUUGGGUUCUACAAUGCCGUGGCCAUUCCCUGCUACACCACGCUGACCCAGAUCCUCCCCCCGACCGAGCCUCUGCUGAAAGCAUGCAGGGAUAACCUCAGUCAGUGGGAGAAGGUGAUCCGAGGGGAGGAGAGUGCCCAGUGGAUCUCAGCCUCGCCAGCGGCCCCAGAGACCUCUGAGAAGCCACCCGUGAAGACUGAUGGCUGA